GCUCUUCUGAUGUCAGAAAUCAAUCAAAACUUACUAAUUUAGGACAUGUGAUGGAAGCUUAUGGUCCAAAACUUUUAGGCACAUUGUACAAAGAUCCUAUAACAAGUUUUAGCCUCUUUCAGAAAUUCACAGCUGAACACCCUGAGGCUUAUUGGGCUAUAGUCCUAAAAGAGCUUUCGGUUCAAUUUCAUGAACCCCCAAAGUGCAUUCUAGAUAGAACUGAGAAAUCGAAACCCGGUGGAGUUUGGCUUCCAGGUUCAACUUUGAAUAUUGCUGAAUGCUGUUUACAACCUACAAAUCAUCCGAGAAAAGAGGAUGAUAGUCUGGCCGUUGUGUGGAGAGAUGAUGGCUGUGAUGACUCCCCUGUUAACUGUAUGACAUUAAAAGAACUUCGAGAACAAGUAAUGUUGGUGGCUAAUGCAUUGGAUGCCACAUUUUUGAAGGGUGAUGCAAUUGCAAUUGACAUGCCAAUGACAGUUUAUGCCGUUAUUAUCUAUCUAGCAAUUGUACUUGCGGGAUUUGUUGUUGUAUCAAUAGCUGACAGCUUUGCACCUAAGGAAAUUGCUACUCGUUUGCGAGUGUCAAAAGCAAAGGGUAUCUUUACUCAGGAUUUUAUAUUGAGAGGAGGUAGAAAGUUUCCUUUAUACAGUAAAGUUAUAGAAGCUGGUCCAGUUAAAACUAUUGUGCUCCCAGCCACUGGACAUGAUGUUGGCAUUCAACUAAGAGAACAGGAUCUAUCAUGGACACAUUUCCUUUCCAGUGUCCGUCACCUUCCAAGACCAAAGCAUUACUCUCCAGUUUAUCAACCAGUAGACUCGGUGAUUAAUAUCCUUUUUUCAUCUGGGACAACAGGAGAUCCAAAAGCAAUUCCGUGGACUCAACUUUCUCCAAUUCGAUGUGCUUCUGAUGCAUGGGCUCAUAUUAAUAUUAAAGUUGGAGAUGUUUACUGCUGGCCAACAAAUUUAGGAUGGGUGAUGGGGCCAAUUUUACUAUUCUCAUGCUUUCUAAGCGGUGCAACUCUUGCACUCUUUCAUGGAUCUCCUCUUGGCAGCAGUUUUGUAAAAUUUGUUCAGGAUGCUGGAGUGACUGUUUUGGGUACAGUUCCAAGCUUAGUAAAAGCUUGGAAGAACACCAACUGUCUGGAAGGCUUAGACUGGACAAAGAUAAAAACAUUUGCCUCCACUGGAGAAGCUUCAAAUGUUGAUGAUGACCUUUGGCUUUCUUCAAAAGCUUACUACAAACCCAUUAUUGAAUGUUGUGGAGGCACAGAGCUCGCUUCAUCCUACAUCCAAGGGAGUCCGCUGCAGCCACAAGCAUUUGGAACCUUUAGCACUGCAUCAUUGACAACUGGAUUUCUCAUUCUUGAUGAAAAUGGAGUUCCUUAUCCGGAUGAUCAACCAUGUAUUGGUGAAGUGGCUUUGUUUCCUCUAUACCUUGGAGCAACUGAUAGAUUGCUUAAUGCUGAUCAUGAUAAAGUUUACUUCAGGGGAAUGCCAACGUAUAAAGGAAUGUGCCUCAGGAGACACGGAGACAUCCUUAAGAGGACUGUUGGAGGCUAUUUCGUUGUACAGGGCAGGGCUGAUGACACCAUGAAUCUUGGAGGGAUAAAGACAAGUUCUGUAGAAAUUGAGCGUGUGUGUGACCGAGCUGAUGAAAGUAUCUUGGAGACUGCUGCAAUCAGUGUAGCACCAGUAGGUGGUGGUCCCGAAGUGUUGGUUAUAUUUGUGGUACUAAAGAAAGGAUACAACCGCCAACCAGAAAAGCUCAAGAUGACAUUCUCGAAAGCCAUCCAGAGCAACCUCAACCCUCUAUUUAAGGUAAACUUUGUGAAGAUUGUCCCAGAGUUUCCUCGAACUGCAUCAAACAAGCUACUGAGGAGAGUUCUAAGGGACCAAGUGAAGCAUGAGCUAUCUGUUAGGAGCAGAAUGUAG